AUGCCCACUCCUGAUGAGCAGAUUUUUCCGCACGCAACAGGCUUCGCCGCUUCGACCGUUGAGCUGCAUCAGGCCCCACAAGACCUGACUUUUUAUGCUGGUUGGUUUUGUCCUUUUGUGCAACGGAGCUGGAUCUGCUUGGAAGAGAAAGGAAUUCCUUAUCAGUACAAGGAGGUCAAUCCGUACAAAAAAGAGAAGGAGUUCCUGGCUCUGAACCCCAAAGGACUUGUUCCUGCGCUCGAGUACCAAGGGAGGGCACUCUACGAGUCGCUGAUCAUCUGUGAAUUCCUGGACGAUGCAUACCCAGACCACAAGCCCAGUAUGUUGCCUGAGGACCCCUACCAGAAGGCGUAUGCCCGGAUCUGGAUUGACUUCAUUGGGAAGAGUGUGCUGCCCAAUUUCAUGCGGCUCAUGCAGGCGCAAACGGAGGACAAGCGGGACGAGGCACGCAAGGAGUUGCAUGCUGCAAUGCAGACCUUCGCGGCCGAGGCCAAGGGCCCGUAUUUCCUAGGGGAGCAAUUCUCCCUUGUUGACGCAGCGAUUGUGCCCUGGAUUCUGCGGGACUAUAUCUUGCACGACCAUCGCGGGUAUCACGUGAGGCGGUCAGUCCGGAAUGGAAGCGGUAUGCGGAGCAGGUUGAGAAGCGGGAGAGCGUGGUCAAGACGAAAAGCGUGGGUUAUUACUAUUGCUUUGAUGUUGAACGUUGCCAAUUUUUUCUGUUCAACCCAGGAUGCUGAUAAGUAUGAGGAGAUAUACGGAAGAUAUUUGCGUGACGAAGCUCAAAGCGAGGCAGCCAAGGCAAUCCGAGCUGGGAAACCCAUCCCUUGA